GAACGCGUCACGUGGUGCCGCCGGGGUCGGGUCGCCGCGCUUCGGUACUUGCGGAGCACGGCGGGCCCGGCGGCUGCGCUCCGUUAAUGGCUGAGCCAUUGGCCGCACCGCGCGGUCGUUCCGCCCCGCCGCGCCCCGCCCCGCUGCCAGGAGGAGCCCAUCCGGGGGCGGCCUCGGGGCGGGGCGGGGCUGCCGGAAGCGGGGCCGUGGCCUCCAUCCUGCUGCUGCUGCUGCUGCUGCUGCCGCCGUCGCCCGCGGCCGGGGGAAUCCCAACGCCGCUGUGCGGGAGCUGUCCGGGGCCGCCGAGCAACGGCUCCGUCGUGGCGCAGUACUGCGCCUCCAGGGCCGACACGGAGCUGUGGGGCCGCUGCUGCGUGGGGCGGGGAUCCGGGCGGCAGCAGCUGCUGGGGUUGGACCUCAGCAACUGUUCCCUGCGGACCCUCCCCAGUGCCUUCAGCGAGGCUGCGGCUGCCGUCGUGCUGGACCUGACGGAGAACCCGCUGCCGGCGCUCCCUGCUGGCUCCUUCUUGGGCUUCACGCAGCUGCAGCAACUCGCGGUGCCGCCGGCAGUGCCGUGCCCGGGUGGCAGCGGUGCGUGGGAGGACGUGACGACGUAUGGCAGCAGCCGCCUGUGCCGGGGCCAGAGGAACCCCUGCAACGGCUCUGAGGAGCUCGCCCCGCUGUGCCCUGAGAACGCCGCCUGUGCCCCAGACGGCCCCGGCCUCUCGCAGUGCCUCUGUGCCAGUCCCUUCCACGGCUACAAGUGUCUGCGGCAGGGCGCCUUCCCCGUGCCGCUGUUCUGCAGCGUGCUGGGCACGGUGACGGCAGCGCUCAGCCUCGCACUAUGGGGCACCCAGCGCCGGCACGCUGCGGGGCCGUGACCGCGACCGGGAGAGGAGGUGUGGGAUGAGAACAGACCGCGGGGAACGGGAUGAAUAAAGUGUGCGGUUGUGAAGCUGUGUGUCUGCUCUGCUGCUGGGCUGCGUGGGUGCGGGGAUGGUGGGUUCGCUGCAUAGAGCCCGGUCCUCCCGCCUCGGCUCGCCCGGGCUGUGCGGGAGCGGAGGGGACCGAAAGGAGAGCCCGCGGUCGGAGGUGAGGCGGGGGCGGGGCUAUGCAAAUCGUGCUCCGCCCAGAGGGGCGCGCGGAUAGUAACGCCGUGUGAGCGGAGACGGGAUCGAGUGGAAAGGGGGCGGAGCUAUGGAAAUGAAACGGAGCGCGCGGCAUGCCGGGAUCGUGCUGCACCAGAAACGAAACACGAGUAUACACUCGUGGCUAUCGCGUGGGCUGCAGUUUGGGACACUGGAGGGUCGGAGUGGGACGGAGCAGCUCUGUAGUUUGGGGCGCGGGUCGCCGUGCGGUGCGGGCCGGUGGCGGAGCGUGGGGAGCGGGGCGGGAGGGCAGCAAAGCAUACUUACCUGGCAGGGGAGACACCAUGAUCAGGCAGGUGGUUUUCCCAGGGCGAGGCUCAUCCCCUGCACUCCGGGUGUGCUGACCCCUGCGAUUUCCCCAAAUGCGGGAAACUCGACUGCAUAAUUUGUGGUAGUGGGGGACUGCGUUCGCGCUCUCCCCUGGC